UAAUACGAAAAAGAUCUAGAUAACAAUGAGGACAUGAUGCGCCAGCGUGGGAAUAACUGUUGCGAAUUUGAAACAGGGUCAUGAAAGAAAUAAACGAAAAACAAGCGUGGAAAAAUGCUGGCUUGGAGACUUAAAAAAUGAAUAUUUUGCCAAAAAAAAGAUGGCAUGUUCGAAAUCAAGAUAAUAAAGAACGUGUAAGGAGGGAUGAAGAAAAUGCCCGUCUGGAACAAAAAAAAGAAGAAGAAAGGAUAGCUCUUGCUGAACAAGAAGCUAGAAUAUCUCUACUGCGUAAGCAAAAUGCCAGAAUUGAAAGUCCUGUCCAGGCUAAAGAUUCUGCACUUGUUCCAAAAGAUAACAAAACUUAUCAUUUAAAUUUAUUUGCAACUGAAGAAGAAAGUGGUGGAGUAGUCAUAAAGGAUAACGAGGAAUAUAUAAAAGAGAAAAAGAAAGAGAAAGAAAGUUAUGAGCAGAAAAUUGGCUUGCUAACCUACGUGGGCCAAUCUGCAGCUGAAUCAAAACAAAAAACAGAAAAACCCUGGUAUUUAAAGAAUACAACAAACUCAAAAAAAGAAGAUUCAAGUGAUUCUGAGAAAGAAAUAUCGAAAAAAACACGCCUUGAUCCGAUGCUACUCGUUGAGGAAAGUUUGAAACAAAAAAUACACAAGAAAGAUAAAAAGAAGAAGAAAAAGAGAAAAAACGAGAAAGCACCAUCUUCCUCGAAAGCGUCGAAAUCGAUCGAAGACUUACGGGCGGAAAGAAGGAAACGGGAAAAAAUUGAACGUCAAAAAGCGGACCAGCUAUUGCGUCAUAAUAAGGGUGAAGGUGUGAGCGAUACAAGACCGGAACUUGAUCCACGCAGAUACUCGAACCAAUUUAACCCAGAUUUAGCCCGUAAAAGAAAAUUCGAGCGCCAUCACCCGUACUGAGUUCAUGCAGGAGAAAACAAAUUGAUGUAGCGGAGGAAAUAGAUCCUAAAAUAUCCCGAAUGCCAUUAUGUUGCGAAUGAAAAAACAAAUACAAAUAAAUUUCGAAAUACAUAAGAGAUUUGCGGUGCUGAAUUGUUGCCCUUUUGCGGAAAGCGACGAGCGGCAUCCUAAAAGUAGGAAGAAAAGAAAAGUGGUUUGAAAACUAAGCUGUCGAGUACAAAAAUCUGAAUGAUGCAUCUUCCAAGUAUUUUUCUUAAAUACAUGCAGAAAUAUUUUGUCCCUAAAGCAACUAUUUAUAUGACGCGUUGAAGGUUUCGCUAUGUAGGAAACAUUACGUAGUAGUCCAUCAUACAAUAGACACACUAAUCCUCUAUAGAGACGAAAGGUAACAUUGUACGGCUAAUUAUUGUCAAGUUAAAAGGAAAUCAUAUCUAUUUAAAUUUUGUUUCCUUUCUAUUAAAGUUCGUACGUUUGUGUAAAUACGAUUAUAACGCGCAAUAUUUUUUAUAUAUAUUAUUACCUUUACUUUUUUCUAAUUACUAGAAAAAAAAUGUGAUUGCAGCGAGUGGUUUGAGCAGAAUUUUAGAUUUGAGUCCUGAAUUUUUUGAAGGAGAUGGAGAACGCUUGUAUUUAUGGUGUCCCAUGGCUGCCAAUAUGUAUGUUAAUUUUGUUUUAAAAUCAAAUUAAAUCGACUUCGCCUAAAAUAAAAUUAAAUUGAUUUUGCUGCCAAAAAUGUUGUUUAUAGCAAUGACAUUUAGUGUAAAGUUGGAUGCAAAACCUUAAUGAAAUAGCACAUUACACGCAUAAUUUAUCGAAGUACGUUACACAGAAUUUGAUGCAUGAAGAAAUAUUAGAUUUUGUGAAAAGGUACUAUAGCCAGUACCCGUGCAUCUUACGUAUACUCGAUCGCAAGUUUCGAUAUUUUAGUAUCAAUUAUGAUGACACCACUGUAAGCAUCUCUGAAGUCAUGGCUAUAUUGUAUUCCCGUUUAUACCGCGAUAAAUGUUAUCCUUCAAAACAACAUUUUUGGCAGCCAUGGGCCACGCAGAAUUUUCAUUUGCAGUUAAUUUAUGAAAAAAAUCAGUUUUGAUUAAAAUGAAAAAAAUGCCAAAGUGUUAAAAAAACAAUUGUAUUGAUAAAACAAAAAUUAAAAUAAAAUUAACUUUAUUUUUGUUUUCAUAUUUAAUCGGAGUUUACGAUUUUGUUGAUGGCAGUCAUGCGCCACCAUAUACUUUUCAGCUGUCUGGUUGCUCUCGUAUCUAUUUCGUGUAGAGACACACCCAUAAUCUUUCUUUUCUUUUUAAUAUCACGUAAAAGCGCAAAAAAAAUUCUCACGUGUCUGCUUUCUUUAGAAUUUUAUUUAUUAAAGAAAUAAUAAUGCAAAUAUUGCACUAACUGAUAAAAUUACGUUUGUUAUUAUAACAAUAGCGUUCAUUUUGAGGAAAAUAUUUUUAUUUACCGCGCGCGGAGUGAAAUUUUCAGCCCGACGGUAUCAUUUACGCCCGAUGCGAAGCAGGGGGUGUAAAUGACAGUGGAGGACUGAAAAUUUCACUCCAAGGGCGAAGUAAAUAAAAAUAUUGACCGAAAAAUUAAUCCUAUUACUGUCAUAAAUUACCGUAAUAAACCGAACAAGCGCCUGGGUGCUCAUUAAAUUUUUGGAUUUUUUGCAUAAGGGCUUAAUCAAGGGGUCGCUUAAAAAAUACUAGGCGCUUAUAAAUU